GCUCCCACUCUUUUUUCUCUGGGUCUCACUCACCCAAGUUUUAUCGUAACUCCGCCAUCAAUGGCGUGUUUCGCCGCUCCGGUACAUCUCCUCCCCCUCAAGUCCUCCGCGGACUUCCCCCGCCGCCGCAACAAUACAUUGGCCGCCGCUUCUUUUUCCCGCCCCCACUUCCCGAAUGCGAAUGUUCAAUUUGAUCUCCCAUCUGUUGCCGUCAGUUCCUCCCUUCAAAACCUUAAACCCUCGAAAUCUCCACCUUUUUUUCUCAACUACCUAAUUUCUCCCAAAUAUCUCGGUCUCUCUGCUGCCGCCUGCAGUGUAUUCCACCUCGCGAAACCUGUCUUCUCCGGCAGCGGCUCUUUCUUUAACUUCGGCGGCGGCGGCGGAGAAGGUGGAGGUGGCGGAGGAGGAAGUAAUGGAGACCAAGGUGGUGGUUUCUGGUCUCACAUUUUCUCACCCGCAGCUAUUGCUAAAGACGAUGAGCCCCUUCGAGAAUGGGAUUCCCAUGGAUUGCCGGCCAACAUUGUGGUUCAACUAAACAGGCUCAGCGGCUUCAAGAAAUAUAAAGUUUCUGAAAUCUUGUUCCUUGAUCGACGAUGCGGCUCAACGUUUGACACGGAAGACUCCUUCUUUGAGAUGGUGUCUCUUCGACCUGGGGGCAUUUACACCAAGGCGCAGCUCCAGAAGGAGCUCGAAACCCUAGCCACCUGCGGAGUGUUUGAGAAAGUGGAUUUGGAGACAAAAACGAAUCCGGAUGGCACCAUUAGUAUAACCAUUCCGUUCCUGGAGUACACAUGGCAGUCUGCUGAUAGAUUCAGAUGCAUUAACGUUGGAUUGAUGCCGCAAUCCAAGCCUAUUGCAACGGAUCCUGAUAUGACUCAGAAGGAGGGACUGGAGUACAAUAGGAGUCUGGAGAAGGAUUACAGGAGGAGAAUUGAGAGGUCAAGGCCAUGUUUGUUGCCAAUACCUGUGCAAUGGGAGAUAUUGCAGAUGUUGAGGCAGCAGGGCAAGGUCAGUGCACGAUUGCUGCACAGGAUUAGGGAUAGGGUGCAGCAGUGGUAUCAUGAGAAUGGAUAUGCAUGUGCAAAAGUUGUGAAUUUUGGCAAUUUGAAUACAAAGGAGGUGGUUUGUGAAGUGGUGGAGGGUGAUAUUACACAGUUAGUGAUUCAGUUCCAGGAUAAGCUUGGGAAUCUUUGUGAGGGGAAGACACAGUUUCCUGUGAUAGAAAGAGAAUUGCCAAAGCAGCUCUGUCCAGGACAAGUUUUUAAUCUUCAGGCUUGGGAACAAGCACAGAUAAAUAUAAAUUCAUUAGCUCUUUUCACCAACUUUGAGCUAAAUCGACGUCCAGAUGAGAACAAUGAGGGGGGCAUUAUUGUUGAGGUCAAGUUGAAGGAACUGGAACAGAAGUCUGCUGAAGUUAGUACAGAGUGGAGCAUUGUUCCAGGUCGUGGUGGUCGUCCUACAUUGGCUUCAAUCCAACCAGGUGGAACUGUUUCUUUUGAGCAUCGAAAUAUUAAAGGUUUGAAUAGGUCACUUCUGGGUUCAGUGACCACCAGCAACUUCCUCAAUCCGCAGGAUGAUCUUGCUUUCAAGUUAGAGUAUGUCCAUCCAUAUCUAGAUGGCGUGUACAAUCAUCACAACCGUACCUUCCGUGCUAGCUGCUUCAAUAGUAGAAAGCUAAGUCCAGUCUUCACCGGGGGACCUGGAAUCGAAGAAGUUCCCCCUAUCUGGGUUGACAGGGCUGGAGUUAAAGCCAAUAUUACAGAGAAUUUCACACACCAAAGCAAAUUUACUUAUGGACUUGUGAUGGAGGAGAUAACAACACGUGAUGAAGGCGGUCAUAUUGCUGCAAAUGGUCAAAGAGUGCUGCCAAGUGGUGGAGUCAGUGCAGAUGGACCUCCCACGACCCUCAGUGGCACUGGAGUUGACCGUAUGGCAUUUCUGCAGGCAAAUAUAACUCGUGACAACACCAAAUUCUUAAAUGGGGCUAUAGUUGGUGAGAGAAAUGUAUUCCAGCUUGACCAAGGACUUGGAAUUGGUAGCAAAUUUCCGUUCUUUAAUCGCCAUCACUUAAUGGUAACCCGAUUUCUCCAGUUGAAGCAAGUGGAGGAAGGUGCUGGGAAGCCACCACCGCCGAUUCUAGUCCUUCAUGGCCAUUAUGGUGGCUGUGUUGGGGACCUUCCCAGUUAUGAUGCCUUUACUCUUGGGGGUCCUUAUUCUGUCCGGGGUUAUAACAUGGGAGAGUUGGGAGCUACAAGAAAUAUACUCGAGUUGGCUGCGGAGCUGCGAAUACCCAUAAGAAAUACACAUUUCUAUGUGUUUGCGGAGCAUGGGAACGACCUUGGGACCUCAAAGGCUGUCAAAGGAAACCCCACGGAGGUGUACAGAAGAAUGGGUCAUGGAUCCUCGUAUGGUGUCGGGGUGAAGUUAGGAUUAGUGCGUGCAGAGUAUGCUGUUGAUCCGAACAAUGGAACUGGUGCAAUAUUCUUCCGGUUUGGAGAAAGAUUCUAAGAGGUGCCGUUUGGGGGUUGUCGGUAGCACUUUCUCUUGUAGCUGCUCUGAAUUUUCAAAAAGUUUGAGUUGAGACUAAAGGAUGUGGUUUCUUUCAUGACCCACUUAACAAUCCGGAUCAUUUGUUUGCUUCAACACCAGUACAGCAACAGAGUUUUGUGGAGUCAUCCAGCGGUGCCCCCAGCCAUGGGAAUGGAAUUGCUAGUGGAAAUUAUAAUACUUUUUCUAAUGGAAGUUGUGGGAUUGAUCAUGUCGGAAUGCUGGUUCCUAUACCAUAUCCUCCACAUCCUCAGAAUAGGCCAAUGCAGAUGAUGGGAAUGGCUGCACAUGGACAUGGAUUUCAUGGGCAUGAAGCAGCUCACUCACAUCAGAACCAUCACUAUUAGCAGCAGUAUAGUAGUAUGGUGCCACAACAAAGGGACUGUCCUUGGAAUAAGUAUAGUGGUUAUCCACAUCAUGUGAGUCACAAUAAUAGUAAAUGUUAGUCGGAGAAAUGAUGUGAUUGGAAAUAAAGUGUGGGCUAUCUCUAAUUUUCCCUGGAACGGAAAGUGCAGACAAAUGGAUUAGGAAGGUUGGGAACAUGCUGACACAUGACCAGUUUAAUCUCUUUGCUGUGCAGUCUUGGCGGCUCUUGGGUCGAAGGAUAAAUUUGUUAUGGAUCAGGUGCAGUGCUGCCCCAUGGAAUGCAUGAGCUCAGCGCUCGCCCUCUUGUUGGAUUUUCAGAAUGCCAUAGGGAGCAGAGUUCAUUCUUGAAUGUCUGGGGUUCCCAAGGACGGGAGUGAUUGCAGACUUGGUGCAAUCGCUAGAGAUUGGACUGUGCGUUGCAUCGCCUGCCGUUCGGAUACGUUCUCGCCUGUUUGUAAAGCAUAACACGGAGAGGCAUUAGCGGCUCGCCUUGCUGCAGAACUUUGUCAUGCAGGAGCAUGGGAAUGUUGUACAAUUGAAGGUGAUUGCAUCCUGGUUAUCCAGAAUCUCCAGCAGCGAAAGCUGAUUAGUGAUUGGCCCUACCAUUGCUGACAUCCACCAUUUGUUAGUGGGAUCAUUGCCUACUUUUUUCUGUUUUUCUAGGAGAACCGCAAACAAGGCGGCCCAUCUGCUUGCCAAGUUUGCUGAAGGAACGCUUCCUCCAGCUUAUUUGUCACACUAUUCCGGCAGAUGCCAGAUUGAUUAAUAUAAUAUUUUAUUUCACCCUCAAAAGGGGGGGG